AUGGGUUCGCAAAUACAGACACCAAGGUUCCGAAAGGUUCAAAGUUUCGAUGCAGACUAUGCUCCGACUAGUAUCACCCAGUAUGAGUCUGAGAGGAGUGGUGUCCAGGUCAUUGUCGUCGACCGGAAAGGCCCCAAAGUCAAUGGUUACUUCACCCUGGCCACCGAGAUAUUCGAUGACUCAGGUGCACCCCAUACACUUGAACAUCUUGUCUUCAUGGGCUCUAGAACUUACCAGUACAAGGGGCUUCUCGACAAGCUGGCUUCCAGGGCCUAUGGCAACACCAACGCCUGGACGGCCACUGAUCAUACUGCAUAUACGCUUGAGACUGCCGGUUGGGAAGGUUUCGCCCAGACAUUGCCUGUCUACUUGGAACACCUCAUCGUCCCCACCAUGACUGAUGCUGCCUGUCUCACAGAAGUUCAUCAUAUCGACGGCGAGGGGAACGAUGCAGGCGUUGUCUACUCGGAGAUGCAGGGCGUGCAAAACUCUGGGAGCGAAAUCAUGGAUCUCAAGGCUCGAAGACUGCUCUAUCCCGAGAAUGUCGGUUUCCGCUAUGAGACCGGAGGCAUGAUGGAUGCUCUACGUGUCUUGACGCCGGAAAGAAUAAGGGACUUUCACAAGGAGAUGUACCAGCCACGCAACAUGUGUAUCAUUAUUGUUGGCGAAGUAGAUCACCAGAAUCUUCUCCAGAUACUCGAUGACUUUGAAGAAAGUGUCAAGGAUGACAUACCCCCCCGUGACUCGGACUUUAGGCGACCCUGGAUAGACUCCGCGCAACCUCCUGCAAUUAAGAAAACCGUUGUAGAGACAGUUGAUUUCCCCGAGGAAGACGAAUCCACCGGCGACAUAAUCAUCGCCUUCUUCGGGCCCAACUGCUCCGAUACUCUGCAGUCCACAGCACUCAACGUGCUUCUGACAUAUCUUUGCGGGUCAUCCGUCUCCGUGCUCGAGAACGUCCUGGUCGAGAGAGAGGCGCUCGCAAGCUCAGUGGGCUACUGGUGGGAUGCCCGCCCCAAUAGUGUCAUCUGGUUCCAGCCUACUGGCGUCGCCACCGAAAAGCUCGCAUUCGUUGAGCAACGGCUGAUUACGCUCAUCAAGGAAGUUUUGGACAAACCGCUGGAUAUGAAAUAUAUCCUAGACUGUAUUCAGCGUGAGAGGCGACAGGUCAAGGCUCAGGGAGAAGGUUCCGAGUCGUACUGGUCCAAUAACAUCAUCACGACCUACCUCUUUGGCGACCGUGCCGGGUCCUCACUGAAAGAACUGGGCAGCCUCGAAGAAUACGACGCAUUAGAGAAGUGGUCAGAGGAUCAGUGGAAGGCAUUCCUCAGGAAGUGGCUGGUCGACGCUCAUCAUAUUUCUGUUCUAGGCAAGCCUUCCCAGAAAAUGGCUGAAGACCUAAAGGCCAAGGAGAUCGCCAGGAUCGAGAAGCGAAAGCAGGAGCUAGGACCUGAAGGACUAGAGAAGCGUCGAGUAAUCCUCGAGGAUGCCAAGAAGAAGAAUGAGGUUGAAAUUCCUGAUUCCGUGCUGGAGAAAUGGCCAGUUCCGGGAACAGAUUCAAUCCAUUUCAUAGAAUCCCUCACAGCUAGGUCGGGUCUUGCUCGGAAGCUUGGCUCAACGUCAAAUUCGGCACAAAAGGUCAUCGAUAGGGCUGAACACGGCGCACCACUGUUCAUUCAGUUCGAAAGCGUGCCCACAAACUUCGUCCACAUUACCAUGCACAUCGGAACUUCCGACAUUCCCCUCAAGUACAAGCCCUUGAUGCCGCUGUUCAACGACAACUUCUUCAACACGCCCAUUGUUCGCGAUGGCAAGCAGGUCGACUUUGAACAAGUCGUUAUGGAUCUGGAGAAGGAUACCAUUGAGUACAGCAUCGAAUCUGGGAGUCGUCUCGGUGAUACCGAAAGCAUAACCAUCCGGAUGCAGGUCGAGCCCGAGAAGUACGCAACGGCCGUGGAAUGGUACAAAACCAUGAUAUUCGAUAGUGUAUUCAACCUCACUCGGCUAAAGGCUGCUGUUACCAAACAAUUGGCGGACAUUCCAGAGGCCAAGCGCGACGGUCGAGUCAUGGCCAGCGAAGUCGAGAUGGCCAUCCACAACGAGCCCUCAGCAAUGCUUGUCGCUAAGCGCACGCUUGUCAAGGCUGUAUAUCUGAAACGUCUCAAGAAGCUUCUUGAAAAGGAACCCGACACUGUCCUCUCCUGGUUUGAGGAGGUUCGAAAGUCCCUCUUCACCUUCGCCAACAUCCGGGUCCUUGUCACUGCCGACGUUGCCAACUCCAAACUCCCAGAUCCCGUCAAAACCUGGGACGUCCUUGCAAAAGCGCUGAACAAGAAGUCGGAAACCAUCAAGCCCAUCGUCGACCCGUACACACUUCUCAGCGAGGAGGGUAAAAACCCUGGCAAGAUCGGAGCCAUUAUUAUCCCGAUGGCCACGAUCGAUUCCUCGUUUUCGGUAAGCUCCAGCAAAGGACUCACAUCCUUCUCGGAUCCGGAUGUGCCUUCUCUUCUCGUUGCUGCACAGUACCUCGAGACCGUUGAAGGUCCACUUUGGAAUGCUGUUCGCGGUAAUGGUCUCGCGUAUGGUGUCUACUUUGCCAAAGAAGUUGACGGGGGCUAUGUCCACUUCAAGGUCUAUCGCUCACCCAUGGCCUCGAAGGCAAUUGUCGCCGCCAGAGACGCUAUUACCGCUCUCGCCACUGGCACCGUUCCAUUCGAGAAGCCCAUGAUAGAAGGUGCUAUCAGCCAGUUGGUCAUGACUAUGGCUGAUGAGCAGGCCACCAUGGCAGCGGCUGCAACGCAAAACUAUAUCGUUAGCGCUGUCAGGGGGCUUGAGCCAGACUUCAAUACCAAGCUGCUGGCCAAGGUCCGUAAUGUUACUGAAGAUCAGAUUAAAUAUGCUAUGAAGAAGUAUCUGCUGCCUCUCUUCGAGCCCGGAAAGAGCAAUGUUGUGGUCUGUUGUGCUCCGAUCAUGGUCGAUGAUCUUCAGAAGCAAUUGCAGGAUAUCGGCUACAGGACUGAAGUCAAGCAGUUGGCUGACUACCACGAAUCGUACGGACUCGAAGCCGAUGAAGAGGAGGGCGACGAGGAAGAUGAAGAAGACGAAGAUGAUGGUUCGGACGACUCCGAAGGCUCAUAUGAUUCUGAGGAGGAGGAUAACUAA